UCGAUUUGCGACCAAAACAAAACAUUCCAGAAGAAAAAAAUCCUCUUCAGUUCAGCACCGUCGUCGUCGUCCUUCUCCGUGCGACCUUCACCGCCACCGCGCCCAGUUUUGACUCAUCGUUGUUUUCGUAACUCUUCCAAAAUAGGUUCCAGGAUGAGCUCGUCGUCGCCGGAGGGUCAGGACAUGCUGGAUGCGCUGGCCUACAACUGCACGAAGCUGUCGAACGAGUUGUGGGAGGCUUCCGGACUGGGUGAGAAGCGCAAGCUGGUGACGGAAUAUCUGCGUACGGCGGACCGGGACGGGAAGAGCGUGCGGGACUUUAAGGAGGAUUUGGACUGGUUUAACGUGACGGAGCCGCUCUCGUUUGAAAGCGCGUUGAAGGGGAAGAUUGUGGUGCUGGAUUUCUUCACGUAUUGCUGCAUCAACUGUAUGCACAUUUUGCCGGAUUUGAAGCGGUUGGAGCAUUUGUACUCGGUCGAGGAUGGGCUGGUCGUUGUGGGAGUGCAUAGCGCAAAGUUUGAGAAUGAGAAAGAUUCGGCGAACAUCGCGGCGGCUGUUCAGCGGUACGAGAUUAGCCAUCCGGUGGUGAAUGACAAUGUGGCCUCGAUGUGGCGCGCGCUGCGUGUCCAGUGUUGGCCAACGUUGAUGAUUUUGGGUCCGCGAGCGAAUCCUCUGUUUGUGAUUAUGGGAGAAGGCCACUUUGACGACUUGAAGCUGUACGUUAGCACGGCGAUGAAGUUCUACAAGGACAAGGGCGCGAUUUUGAACCACUCGCUGCCGAUGAACCUGGCCAGCAGCCAGGUCGAGACGAGUCACCUGCAGUUCCCGGGGAAGAUUGCUUGCUCGUACCGGGAAGGGAUUUCCGACGGGAACGACAAUCCUCUGUACGCGAUUUCCGACUCGGGAAACCAUCGAAUCCUGGUGGUCAACAGCGAGGGAACAGUUCUGCACCGCGUUGGCGGUAAAAAGUCUGGAUUCGUCGAUGGAGACUUCCGAAAGGCUCGCUUCAAUGCGCCUCAGGGCUUGGCCUUCCAGAACGAUGAUGUCAUCUUCGUCGCCGACAAUGAAAAUCACGCCAUCCGGAGAAUCGACCUGAAAUCCAAACAAGUGACAACCGUCGCUGGGUCUGGUCAGCAGGGCUGCGACCGAAUUGGCGGCAAAAUUGGCCGCGACCAGAUCAUCUCCUCGCCGUGGGAUGUGGCCGUGUAUCGCACGCGCAAUCUGGACAUGUCCUUCCACUCGGACGAAUCCAAGGUCCCACUGCGGGACGUCAUCUUUAUAGCUAUGGCUGGCAUUCACCAAAUUUGGGCGAUCUUCGAGGAGGAAACCAUCUGGUGGAAGUUCAAAAAGUACCCCGCUGGAAGCUGCCUGGCGGUGGCCGGCAAUGGGCGCGAAGAAAACAGGAACAACUCGUACCCGAACAAUGCGGCGUUCGCCCAGCCUUCGGGACUGGCGCUGAAUCGGGACGCGAAGGAGCUGUACUUGGCGGAUAGUGAGAGCUCGUCGAUCCGGAAGAUGUCGCUGGCCGAUGGGAAGGUGCUGGCGGUGGCCGGAGGAGACCGGAAUCCAUUGGACCUCUUCUCGUUCGGCGACGUCGACGGCAAGCUGUACGCGGCCAAGCUCCAGCAUCCGCUCGGAGUGGCGUACAACGCGCGCGACAAUUGCAUCUACGUGGCGGACACGUACAACCACAAGAUCAAAAAGAUCAACGCCUCGACGAACGUGGCCACCACGUGCACCUUCACCGACGAGGCCGGUUCCAUCAAGCAGUUCAGCGAACCCGCCGGCCUCUGCCUGGACCCGUCCGGGCGCUACCUCUACAUCGCCGACACCAACAACCACCAAAUUGCCGUCGCCGACCUGACCGACAGCACCAUCCGCCCGCUGAAGGUGCGCUUCGGAACGCAGCAGUCCGAGUCCGACCAGCCGGACAACCCCGGCGACACGUACACCUACGAAAACACCUUCAAAGUUCCGCCCGAGGGCGGUAAGGUCCUGCUCAAACUAGAAUUCGGCUACCUCGAAUCGAACGUCAAGCUGACCGAGGGCGCCCCCCAAAAGUGGUCCCUCGCGCUCCCGUCGGACAAGUGGCGCUGCGACACCAUGGCCGGCACCAUCAGCUCCCUGAACGACGGCCUCAACCUGACGGUGGGCGUCCCGAAAGGCGUCGAGGCGUCCCGGCCCGAGCAGGCCCAGGUCAACUUUAAGCUGAACCUGUGCGCCAACGAGGGCGUCUGCUUCCCGAAGGAGUUUGCCGUGGGGCUGAACUUUGCCCACGACGUGACAGGGACGGCCAUCGUGAAGGGCAGCUUGAUGGUGCAGAUUGGCCGGAAGAGCGUGGUCGUUUCGAAGGAGUAGACCCAGUGUGCAUUUGAGAAUUAUUUGACUCAUUUUACAUUGUUUUUUUUUCUUUUCUUUUUUCUCAAUUGUUUGAUUAUGGAACACAAUCAAAAAUUUACAAUUAACGUCUAAGUACCUUAACACAAACAACAAACUCACACCAGACACAAGCAUCGUUAGUUGGAUAGGACAGAUUACACAGAGUUUAGCAGCUAAUGCAGCUUUUUAUACAAAUUUACCAGUUAUUUUUGAUGAUUAUAACAACGAACGUAAAUAAAUAAAUAAACUAAUAUAUGUGAGCACAAAACAAU